UAAGCUUGAGCAUGAUUUCCCCACUCUGCCUAGUCUUUCUCAUGAGACUUUCACUCCAGUUUCUCCACCUGCCGUGUCUUCAAAGUUACAACCAGAUCCAAAUCUGGUUCAUCUUGCUGCUGGAAUAAUUACAGACCCAACAGAGCAGUUCAUCUCCCAGCAGGGCCGGUCAUGUUCUCCUGAUGAUGACAACACAGACCUUAUUCCAACUUCUGUCCAAGAGGUUUCUCAUGAGAAGAUGGAUCAUCUGUCUAUGGACCUCGAUGACAACCUUCAGAAGGACACAAAUGGAGAUGCUGCAGUUUGUAUCUCAGAUGCAGAGAGUUCUGGAGGUCUGUCUGAAGGUUCUGGGUUCUUUUCCGAGCAAAUGUGUCACCAAACAGACAAAGAUCGAUUAGCUGAAACCAAACAGGAAGAAUUAAGAGAAGAUUGUCAAAUGGAAAUCAAUGACAUAGACGGUGAAUCACCCACAAGUUAUUUUGUUGUGAAUAAUCAUCCUGAGUUAGACUGCAGAGCUGACAUGGAACCAAGGGAUCUAACGGAGGGUGAGAACUUAGAUAUGGUGUUUGAAACCUCCGUGGAUGGUUUAGAGAGUGAAAAUGGAGAUAUAGAUGCAUUUUUUCAGCAGCUUGAUAGUGAAGGGCGAGUUUAUUGGGCAGAACCCAUCCAAGUUUCUAAUUCCUCCUAUGUGCUCGAAGAAUCUGGAAGUUUUGAAUCCUUAGAUGGAUCUCAAUGGAAUUCUUUGUCCUCCAGAGACUUGGCUGCUCUAGAGUCAGUUUCACUCCCAGUAACAACAACAACAACGGCCUCCUCAGAUCCACCGUCGUCACUGGUUCCACCUCCAGUCCAAUCCCACCCUGUCACCCCAGAUGCGAAGCUGUCAAGCCACUCAGUUUCCACUCAGAUGUCUUCAUCUAUAUCUUCUCAUAUUGUCCACAGAAAGGAUGUCCCUUAUGAGGCUGACUCAAAACACUCUCCUCUCCCUAGUGUUUUCCCUCUGGACACCUCCAGCCCCUACCGUGCUGUCCAGGCAUGGACGGACCUGCAAAUUCAGCGGAACAUCAAGAAAUUAUCUAAUCGAGCUCUUUCUGUCCCACAUGAAGCGGCCGCACCUGUGGGUGCUGCAGGAAAGACACACAGAUCCACACUGGUCUACUCCUCAUCACCUUCUUUCCCGCUGAUGUCCAACGACAGUCGGUCGCACGACCGUCUCCCUGCGAUGGCGAAAAAUUACCGGACUGUGUCCGUCUCAGUGGAUACAGGACUGGGGCCUGAUAAAGAGGAGGAGGUGUACAGGAGUGAAGGACGGGAGUUCCUCUGGGGGGGAAAUCGCUCAGUUACCGUGAACUGCUGCUGCUCCUGUGAGCACCAGUGCUGCUGCGCUCAGGAGAGCCACAGUGACCAACACACACUGGGAAACACUCCUUACUCUUUGGGCGACCUGGAGGAGAUGAUGCUGUCUCUGCAGCAGUACUGCUCCAUGCACAGCAACAUGGAGGAGCAGCUCUCUGAAAACCAGACCUCAAUUUACAGCGCACUGUCUGAUAUAGACCGGGAGACGAUUGAGGACCUUGAGGUGCUGAGGAGAGCAGUGAGACAGGAGGCUGGAGAGCUGGAGACACAGCUGAAUCAACUGGCACAUCACCAUGACGACAGCCUGAAAAUGAAGAUGCGCAGACUUCUGGAUGAGCAGUCCCUGCUGUGCACUCGGCUCAGAGUCUUCCAACCCGAUGCGGAGCCCAGGUCGUCACACUCCACUCCCAACAGGACAGUAGCCACUCAGUGCUGUUUGCCACCGUGGAUCGGUCCAGCUGACACGCACAGAGACCACGACUCCUCCUGGAGCAUGACCAACAUAGACUCACUCAGACAUUCUCCUCCUGGUUCAGCGAGCGUCUGCAAAGACCCCUUUAAGACUUAA